AUGGCAGCAUUACUACCAAGGUCUUUUGCUCUGAAAUCAAACAACAACCAAAAAUACUUGCGCUACAUACAUCAAAGUUACGAGAAUCUUCAUGGGAUUCUCCAAUUCUCCGAAGUGGAUGACAAGAGCCCGAACGCAAAGUUCCAAAUGGAGCCUGCGUACGGCGGUUACGAAGGACUCGUGCAUAUCAAAUGCUGUUACAAUAACAAAUACUUGAGAAGGCCAAACGAGCACCAGCAUUGGAUAGUAGCCCAGGCUGACCGACCAGAGGAAGAUCUAAACCAUUGGACCUGCACACUGUUCGAGCCUCGGGUUGUCCAUGCAGACAACAAAGCAGUCCUCCGAAUACUCCACGUGCAACUCGGGCACUAUGUAAUGUCACUCACUUCUAACGACUUCCAUCAAUGUCUCUUUGCAGAAAGAGCAGACCCCAACCCCCAAAACGAUUUGGAUGUGUGCACAGUCGUCGACUUGGAUCCACUUGCGCUACCAAACACUUUUGUGCUGAAAUCAAACAUCUGCAAUAAAUACUUGCGCUACAUGCUUGAUGAAGAAAACCAAACUCAUGAGAUUGUCCAAUUCUCCGGAAAGGAUCCUAAGAGUGAGUACUCAAUCUUCCAAGUAGAGCAGGCAAACAAUCAAGACGACCAAGAUAAUCAUUACGUGCAUAUCAAAUGCACUGUCAACAACAAAUACUUCAGAAGGAUGGACAAAGACAAGCAAUUGAUCAUGGCCGCGGCUGACCAACGAGACGAAAACAAAAAGAGUUGGGCUUGCACAUUGUUCAAGCCCGAGCAUGUGGGUCAAGCCGGCAACAACAACAACAACGUGCUCUGCCGGUUGCGCCACGUUCAAAGUAACCUCUACACAAGGCCGUUCGUUGAGAAUAGAUUCGAAUUACGCCUCAACGGCGAAAGACCUGAUCCCCAAGGAGUUGAUGUCUACACAGCCAUUCGCAGCGUUAUAUGA